AUGACUUUGUGUCUGGAGCUGAUUCACCCGAGGCUGCUCAAACCUUGCAACAGCAAAUCGAACAACUGUUUGCCAAAAGUUGGAUUUGAGCUGCGGAAAUGGGCAUCAAACGAGGAAGCGGUGUUGCAUCAUGUGGACCAACAAAGCCGAGCAUCCAGCCCAUAUCCCAACGACGAUGACGACGGAUCGUUGGCAACACUUGGAAUCAUAUGGGAUACGUCAGCGGACACUCUGCGCUUCAAAGUGCAAGCCCCGGAUGUCAACGAAGAUGCAACCAAACGCAAGGUAUUGUCCACCAUUGGGAAGAUUUACGAUCCGGUAGGGUUUGUUGACCCAGUGAAGGCGGUUGCCAAGCAACUUCUUCAACGUGUAUGGAAUCUGAAACACGUCAACCAACAACCCUGGGGAUGGGAUGCUGAACUUCCGCUGCAGCUACGAACAGAAUGGCUCAACUUUCUUGAGCAAAUGCAUUACCUUCACAACAUCAGCAUUCCGCGAGUCGCCAUUAGAUCUUCAGUGACCACCAUCCAAUACCACGUCUUCUGCGAUGCUUCGGAGAAAGGAUAUGGAGCAUGCUGCUACAUCCGUAGUUGCGAUGCCCAGGGCCAUGGCACAAUGAAGCUCUUCGCCUCAAAAACCAAAGUGACGCCCCUCAAUAGCAAGCACUCUAUCGCUCGGCUUGAACUGGGCGCAGCACAGUUGGCCAGCUUGCUAUUCGACCGAGUAAGGACUGCGGUAAACCCAGGAUCUCUGGCAGUCUUCUGGACAGACUCCAUGACUGUGGUACAUUGGCUGCGAGCAUCACCAAACUCCUGGAAGCCAUAUGUUGCCAACCGGGUAUCGCAGGUGCACCAAUUAACGGAAGGUUGCACGUGGCGUCACAUCGCAGGAGUCGACAACCCGGCUGACCUUGCUUCCAGAGGAUGUUUGGGUAAAGAUCUCCUCUCCAGUACCCUAUGGUGGCAGGGUCCUUCCUGGAUGAGCCUGCCAGAAGAUCAAUGGCCUCCACCACUGCUUGCGACACCAGAUCCUUCAGUGCAAGCAGAGCAGCGGGUAGCAGUUGUGGCAUGCGCUGCCAUUGAGCUGCCAGCUCAUCGCAUCUUUACACUUUUCUCAUCGUACUCGAAGCUGAGACGGUUGACGGCGUACUGGGUUCAGUAUUGGAACCGAUGCACCAAACGCCGGUCGUACGAGAACCCUGGCCUGACGACGAAGGACUUGACGGAUGCAGAAGAAGUGCUGUGCCGCUUGGCUCAACGAGACCACCUGUAG